AUGGCGGAAGUGCUGCCUUCCUUGUCAACGGAUCGCUGCGAUCUGACCUUACAAACUACAAGUGAUUCGCACAUUGGCAGCUCCACCAAGAAACGUCCAUUGUCGCCCACGCGACUUUUGAACGAGGAGCCUGAUGUCGCGACCGACAAUCUGAUGACUCCCAGACCGACAGUUGCCUUGAGCAGUUCUGCAAGUCCUAAGUGUGAGUCUGCUGCCGGCAUCGACCCCCUUCAGCUCAAACUUAUUAAAGUGAUUGGUCGAGGAACGUUCGCGCGUCAAGUAGCGCUUGCCCGACACUGCAAGACGCACGAAGUCUAUGUCAUCAAAACUUUGGAUAAAAUUAAGCUUCUACAACGAAAGCAAGUUGUACACACGCUUACGGAGAGGAAGGUGCUCGAAAAACUGAGUGGCCACCCUUUCAUCGUCAAGCUUUACUCUGCUUUCCAAACAGAUCACGAUGUUAACUUUGUGCUUGAGUAUUGCCAAGGAGGUGAACUCUUCUUUCAUCUGCAGCAGCAAUUUGCUCAAAAGUUCGACGAGAACACAACACGAUUUUACGCUGCUGAAGUUCUUGCGGCCUUGAAUGAGCUGCACGGAAAUGGUAUCGUAUACCGUGAUUUGAAACCUGAAAACGUUCUGCUGGAUGCUCAAGGACACGUGAAGCUGGCCGAUUUUGGAUUUGCUAAACAGGACAUGGUCCCUGGACAGCGUACAUACUCCUUCUGUGGCUCACCCGAGUACUUAUCACCCGAGAUGGUCAAGAAGACUGGACACGAUAUGGGGACAGACAUGUGGUCCUUUGGCUGCUUUAUAUACGAAUUGUUAACUGGCUCACCACCCUUUCAAUGCAAUGAUAUCCAACGGCUUUUUCGUUUGAUUCAGCAAGGCCGUGUAUGGUAUCCACCGUAUCUCUCUGGCCACGCAACUUCACUGCUUAAGGGUUUGCUUUGCGUCAAUUCCGAUAGUCGUCUCACAGUAUCACAGGCCAUGAAGCAUCCAUUUUUUACCUUGUCAGUGAACUGGGACGAGCUAAUCCAGCGUCAGGUACCACCACCGAUUGUGCCUUCGUGCCACGGCUGUGAAUCUACAGACAACUUUGAUGACGGUUUUACUAAUGCGCCAGUGAUGUCGCUUAAACUUCCAUCGGGCGACCUCGUUAAACGUAUUCGGCGCGACGACUGCCUUUCAUUAGGCUCUCAAGCUGAUGAAUUUCAAGACUUUUAA